AUAAACUCUCAUAACAACCGUGUUACAUCUCCUUUCCGCCGUUUAUUCUUAUCAGAAAUUCGCACAUUUUUGUUAUUUGAGGUUAACUUUAAUAAAAAAAUUACCAGCAAGGAAGGACGUGUAGUGAAAAUUUUUGUGAUCUCGAAGUAUUGACUACUCCUAUUCAUAAACUUGCGGGUUAAUAAAAAUUGGAUUCAAUCUUGACAAAUAUCAGCAUUCUUGAGAAAAUUGGGCCUUAUUUGAAAUUUAUAUAGUCUUUGUGCGAUUAAAAUCAGAUUUAAACUAAACUAAAAAAGUGAGCCCCUGUGAUUGCAUAAAAAUGGAGCAAAUUAUUAAAAAUCUGCUCGUUGCUGAUAGUGAUUUAAUACAACAGGCAACUGCCGAGUUAAAAGAAGCUUUCAAGCACCCGGAAACUAUUCCACAGCUGUGUGAGAUUGCCGUUAGUAACAAGGAUGCUCAAGUGCGUCAGUAUAGCGCUAUGCUACUAAAAAAGCAACUUAGCAAGCUGCGCCAUUGGCAGCAGGUUCCUGCCGACCAGCAGGUUUUAAUCAAACAAGGAAUGUUGGAAGCUAUCGUCAAGGAACCGGAAAAGUCCGUACGAAACGCUAUCACUGGAUUUGUCGGUGUAUUGGUUCGUCAUGAGGCAGCCAAAGAUGAAGCCUGGAUGAACGAAGUUCUCAAGUUCAUGUUUGAGAGCACCAGCUCCAGCGACCCAAAGCUCGCGGAAAUAGGUUCUGCGGCAUUUGCUACACUAACUUCUACGUCGCCUGAUCAAUUCAUUCCACACUUUGAUGCCGUUUGUCAGCUGUUUUCCUCUGCACUGAUGGCAACGGCAGCUAGCGGAAACAUGAGCACUCCAGUUGUUUACAAUAUUCUGCUGGGAAUGUCACACAUGGUCUCAUUUAUAACGGGACAUCCAACGGCAGAGAAUACCUACCAGGCUUCGAUUCCGUACGUAGUUAAAGCGCUCGUAGGAUUUGCCCGACAAGACACGUUCAAGUUCAUUGAAGCAUUCGACAUUUUGGAGAACUUAGCCGAUGAAUCCUCGCGUAUUCUUACUCCUCACCUGAAACUUCUGAUCGAGUUCUGCUUAGAGGUAGCUAAAAUGAAUGAUUUAGAAGAUUCCGUACGCGUGAAAGCGAUCACCUACAUUGGAUGGUUGGUACGAUCGAAAAAGAAAAUGAUCAUCAAACAGAAGUUGGUUGAACCUAUUGUGAUUGAACUGUUUAAGUUGAUGCGUGUCGCGCCGGACGUAGAAGAAGAGGAUGAAGAGUACUUCGGUAGCAAUGAAGUAUCCACUCCCAGUACUUGCGCUGCACAAACGCUGGACGUUUUGGCUUUGCAUAUCCCGCCCAAACAACUAAUUCCAACCUUGAUGGCCCUGUUGGAACCGGCUCUUCGUGGAACAGAUGCCCUGGCAAAGAAAGCUUCGUACCUUUCGAUUGCAGUCAUAGCCGAAGGUUGCUCCGAACAUAUAUGCAGUAAAUAUUUGAAACCACUUCUGGAUGUGAUAAAAACUGGAAUCACAGAUCCUAAUCCGAUGAUUCGAAACGCGGCCCUGUUUGCAUUGGGACAAUUCUCCGAACAUCUCCAGCCGGAGAUAUCACAGUAUGCUGAAGAGAUACUACCGAUUCUGUUUGAAUUUUUACAACAACUUUGCCUGCAAAUCCGAAGUGGUGGUAAGGAACCACCACACAUCGAUCGUGUUUUCUAUGCCCUUGAGACAUUCUGUGAGAAUCUAGAAGAUCAACUAACACCUCAUCUGCCGAUUUUGAUGGAACGUCUGUUCGAGGCCCUGGACGCACGCAACACCGUACAUCUGAGGGAACUUUCGCUGACGGCCAUUGCAGCCACCGCAAAUGCAGCUAAAUCUAACAUGCUACCAUAUUUUCCUCGUUUGAUCGAUUGUCUGAAAAUUUAUUUGGUUAAAACUGAAGACGAAAACAUUUGCACUUUGCGCCCCCAGGCGAUCGACACAUUUGCAGCAUUGGUCAGAACGAUUGGAAGGGACAACUUUCUACCGCUGGCAGUUGACACUCUCAAUUUGGGCCUUACAAUGCUAGAUGGCUGCAAUGACCCAGAUCUACGGAGAAGUUGCUACAAUCUGUUCGCAUCCAUGGCUGCAUCUGUCAAAGAGGACAUGGCCGGAUCUUUGAAUAAGAUUGUCGAAUCCAUGCUGGAAAGUGUCAAGAGCACGGAAGGAAUAGUGCCAACGUAUAAAGAUGACGAAGAGGAUCUUGAACUUCCGAACGGUGUCGACGAUGAGGAAGAUGACAAAGAGUACGACAUUGAAAAUUCCGACAAUGACAACGAAGACGAUGAAGAUCUCGCUGGUUACACAGUGGAAAAUGCGUUCAUGGAUGAGAAAGAAGAAGCGAUUCUGGCGUUGAUGGAGUUUGCUGAGCACACGGGACCGGCAUUUGCUCCAUUCAUCCAAACUGCUUUCGAGGAAAUUUAUAAACUAAUCAAUCACCCAAGUGAGGAUAUUCGCAAAGCUUCGAUUGAUGCUUUGAAGCAGUUCGUCAUUUCGCUACACGAGCUAGGCAAUGUGGAAGGUGUGAAUCAAACCAUUCUCAUACUCAUUCCCAAGCUAAGUCAAAUUAUUCGCACCGACGAGGAACGCUCGGUGGUCAUGUCCGGAUUGGAUGCCUACAGUGACAUCAUGGAGAAAGUGGGUGCUGCUGCCCUUCAAGCCGAUGGACAGAAGGAUGCCAUUUUUGGAUGCAUAGUGGACGUUUUGAAUGGAAAAGUAGCCUGCCAGUUUGACGAGCCGAUCGACGAAGAACAGGAAGAAAGUGAAUACGAUGAAGCAAUUAUCGAGUCGGCCGGAGACAUAUUGCCCAAGUUUGGACGAGCUCUACCAGCGGCGGAGUUUGCGGUUUACUUUGGACGUGUUUGGCCUUACUUUAUUCAAAAAAUUGAAAAAACGAAACAGAUAGACGAAACAAACGACUUACAGCGCGCUUUCGCCCUUGGCGUCCUAUCCGAGUGUUUCAGCGGCCUUAAAGAGUUCACAGUGAACUGGUUUGAAACACUGCUGCCAAUUUUCCUGUCGUGCGUGCAGGAUCGUAUCAAUGAAGUGCGAAACAACGCCGUGUACGGUAUCGGGGAAAUGGUUCUGAACGGCAAUGAAUGCUCAUACAAGCACUACCCACAAAUUUUGACAUCACUUUCCGGCGUUGUCGCUAAAGAGCAGCAUGCCGGCACCUUGGACAACAUCUGCGGUGCUUUGGCACGUUUAAUCACCACCAACAGUAGUUUAGUGCCAAUGAAGGAAGUUCUUCCAGUUUUCGUCCAAUACUUACCACUUCGGGAAGAUUUCGAAGAGAAUUUGGCCGUUUUCCGUAGCCUGGACGUCAUCUACCGGCAAGGAAAUGAUAAUUUAAUCCCGCUACUUGGCCGUGUCCUGAUCAUUGCAUUACAGGUUCUGUACAAGAAGCAACACAAUGAUGACGAGUGUCGCGACUUGGUGUUUAAUUUCGUGAAGCAGAUCAGUAAGGACUUUCCCGAAAAGUUUACUGAGGUGGUACGCAGUGACGCCGACAUUGCCAACUUCGUCCAAACGCUUCCGCUCCAGUAGAAGAAGGUGCGUGUGCAUUUAAUGCGCAAACUAUACGUAUCAUACAUUGACCCAUAUCUGCAAACCUGCAUGCGCCGUGUUGAAAUGAAAAGUCGGCAGAAAACCAAAAAAGUCAACGGUGCAGCCAGGUCUGCAGAUGGCGGCGGUAGUUCGAAGUGAGUAAAUGUGGAAACGCGAGUGUUACACAAAGGAGUCAAAGUAGGUUUAUCAUACGAUUGAGAGUUGAGCAUGCAAGAGCUUCUCCACCCAGAUGUGGCCAAUAUCUAGAGCAUUAUAGAUUCUAUAUCAACCGAGCGCAACAUAUUGCUCGAUAUUCUCAUAACACAUUAUUUCCUAUUUGUUUUGAAACUCUAACCCAAUGUUAACAACCAUAUGUUAUAGUUUAUUUAUUCGUCCUAGAAUAAUUUGUUUUGAAAGCAUAAAAAUAUGGAACUAUUAUGCACUAAUAAUAAAUGAAUCAACUUCAUUCUAUGAUUAUUUGUCAUGAACAUUGUAGAUCGAGUACGAGGCCAAUUUCUACCGAUACAUAUUCCCUCACAAUAGAAAGCCAUAAACAAGUAGAAAAUAAAAAUAGAGCAUAUAUCUGUACCCUGAUGAGAUCACACCAACCGAAGCAUGUGAAAUAACUUUUAUUUUUAUAUGAGCUAAGAGAAAUAUGACCUAAUACUCAUUCUGAAAAAAAAGAAGUAUUUUAAAUCCAGCAUUGUUUCUGCUAUAUUCGGUACAUUCAUUGACUGGAGAUAAAGCAUCAAGUAAAAGCCUCUUUCUUAGUAUGGACAAUAUGUCGGUUCCUAGAAAAAAAAUAAUGAAUAUUACAGUAAAUCUAAUGAUCUAAUGCAAAUUUGUCAAAUUAAGUCUGAUCGAAAAAAAUGGCACUAUUUACUAUCCUUCCCAGAGUAUGUUAUGUUUAUACAGCCAAUUAAAAAUACAAGUUUUAUCUGAAA